CUGUCUGUUCAGACCAGACUAAGUUAUGUUAACACUCUUUUGUCGUGCAGAUUCGUGCGGAUUUGUAUAGACCCGGAAAGCUUUAAAUCAUGGAUGAAUCAGAUACAAGCGCUAUUCUUGCGGAGGACUCGGAGUCGGGUGACUCCAGCAAAGUCUGUUGUUGUUUUAAGGUGACACAAAACAAACCUCCUCCGCCGUGUUCGUGUCCAUUUUCCGUGACCGUGGAGCCCGUUAUGUUCCUGUCCACGUUCUCCAUAGCUCUCCAGAUGCCUCUAUACACGCAGUACCUGUGGGAACGUCUCAGUGAAGAUGUGGGUUAUAAUGGAACAAAGGGAGGAGGAUGUAAUGCAUCUACGGUCCACGACCCUCUGCUGAAGGAAGUGGAGACUCUGACUGCACACUGGAACCUGUACAUCAAUUUGGGUGGUUUUCUAGUUGGGCUGAUUACGGUGACCCUGUUGGGCUCAUGGAGUGAUCGUGCAGGUCGGCGUAUGGUUCUGAUCAUCCCAUCCCUUGGCCUGGCUGUUCAGGCAGCCGUUUAUUUGAUUGUAAUGUACCUGAAGCUGCCUGUGUUCUGGUUCCUUAUUGGGAGGAUCUGCAGCGGCCUCUCCGGGGACUUCAACGCCAUUUUGGCCGGUUGCUUUGCGUAUGUGGCCGACACGAGUGGCAUGGGUUCUCGCACCUUUCGUGUGGCGAUACUAGAGGCUUGUCUGGGAUUGGCUGGCAUGUUUGCGAGCAUCAUCGGAGGACUGUGGCGACGGGCACAAGGGUAUAUCAACCCUUUCUGGCUAGUAUUGGCCACAAAUCUUGCAGCGGCCUUCUACACAUACCUGUUUGUGCCUGAAACCGUCACCCCUGACCCCGGGGCAAAACUCCUCUCCACCAGGCAUCACCGGGCCAUCUACCACCUCUAUGAAUCUGACACGCCACAGGGACGCAGAACUAAACUAUGGUUUUACAUUUUCUGCUUCUUUUUGGUGGUGUCUGUACAUUUGGGCUGCAGUGACCUCUAUGUGCUCUAUGAGUUGAGUGCUCCGCUCUGCUGGGGUCCAGAGCUGAUUGGUUAUGGCUCUGCGGCCAAGAAUCUGGCCUACCUCACCAGCCUGAUGGGGCUCAGGGCCAUGCAAUGCUGUCUGGAGGACUCCUGGGUGGCUGUGGUGGGCCUUACCUCUAAUAUUGUUGGCUUGAUUGUGAUUUCGAUCGCUGACACUACAGCUCUGAUGUUUACCGGAUAUGGCCUGUGCUUCCUUUUUAUGGCCUCUACCCCAGUCCUGAGAUCUAAACUGUCCAAGCUGGUGGACCCUUCAGAACAAGGUGCUCUGUUUGCUUCAGUGGCGUGUGUGGAAGGUCUGUGCUCACUAGUAUCUAGUGGGGUUUUUAACACUCUGUACCCUGCCACCCUACACUUCAUGAAGGGAUUCCCUUUCCUCUUUGGGGCCGUCAUCCUCCUCAUUCCAGCUGGCAUUAUUGGGGGCUUGGGUUGCCAGGAGAAGAGAGAGAGCAGAACAAACAGAGAAGACUCUGGAAUAUCUUGACAAUUGACUCUGUGAGUUUUUCUAGAACAGCAAAGGACAGAAUGAGUCCAGGAAUAAGCAAUAAUUUUCUGCACAACUGGGAUCCUAAAGUUGAUUGCCAAUAGAGCGCACAAAAUGGACUUGUGUCCAAUUCGUGAUGACUUGGCCAUGCAGGUUGCUGUGAUUUUGCCAAGAACAACAUUCCUGACCAAGAGUAUGAUUUUUUUUUUAAAGAAAUUAUUCCGCAAAGAUACAUUGAAUUGGUCAAAAGUGACAGUAAAAACGUUUAUGAUGUUACAAAAUAUUUCUAUUUCAAAUAAAUGCUUUUCUUUUGAACCUUCUAUUCAUCAAAGGAUCUU